ACAAUAGAGCAAAAAUAAGUGAGAUUAUUGGAUUUAAGAUAAUGGAUGAUAAGCCAUCUUUUCACAAAAAUGCUUCAGAUUCUUUAAAUAAUCUAGAUGACUUUAAAAAAAUAAAAUUAGCAGACACUACUUUGGAGGAUCAAAAUAUAUUAAUUUUUUUGGAUAAAAAUAUUUCAGAUCUUUCAAAUAGUCUAGUAAGAGAUAAAAUUAAAAAUACAAAAUCAGAAAAUGCUAGUGCAGUAAAAGUGUUAA